AUGCCGAAAGUUAUUCAAAAUAGUGAUUUAAGCAGUUUAAACGAGCCAAAUAGGCCAUAUGUAACUCCGGGAUGUGAAAAAAACUCGUUCGAAACUAAUAUUAAUACGCUGAGAGGAUCCCGUGCGCAAGCAUCCGAUGAUUCACUUCUCAUAAAUGGUGAUUGCGAUUAUGCUUUGGAACUCCGAGCCUUCAAAGACCAAAUUUUCAGGAAAACUGGACAUGCAAACAAGAGCUAUUAUGGAUCUUCGAGAUUGUGUAUUUCCCUGAAAUCGGAAUUGCACGAAAUAGAAACGAAGUUCAUGUCGGUAGUUGAACAAAGUGAUAGAAGUAAUAGUGGAAAUAUCAAUCGUGCUCUCAAUGUAAAUAAUGGGCAGUGUACUCGUACCGAGGACAUAUCGGAGAAGCGAGUAGAAAAUAUACCAACACCAACAUUUGCCAAAAUUGCUCAAAACCCUAGGCAGGUAGGCGGUUGUACUAGCGAGGCCACGAAAGCCACGACAAUCAGCGCAGCGACAAUCAAAAUGCGACGAGUUAAGAAACAUCAAUUGCAAUCGAUGGAUCUAGAGACCGUAGAGGUAGGACAUAGGAAUAACAAAAAUAAUUUCCAAGAAAAAGUCUUAAGGUCAGAAUCUGCAGAUAUUAUGCGAGGAAAAUAUGCCAUAUGCUUGAGAUUCAGGCUUCGGAAAAAAUAA